AUGCUAUACACUUCCCCUAGUCAAGCCCGUAGUUCAAGUGCCUAUUCCGUCAGACUCCCAAAUAUGUCUUAACUCAUAAACUAGUCCUCUUUUACUCCCAACUUUCAAUUUAAUUCUCCGAUUAGAUCCUAUCUUAAAACCAACGAGAUCAAGUAACGAAAACUUCAACAUCAUUCAAUUGUUGCCAAACUCACAGAUAUCAUCAAUAAUUAACAUCCCAAAAAGAUUCCUCGUAAAAGUUUAUAAUCAGUCAAUCGUCGAACCUCUGCAUAUUGUAUCACUGAUAAGACUUAGAUUCUAUGGGAGUCUCUCAAAAUCAAAUUUGAACAUGAGACAUCAGAUCAACUAUAUGAAUUGUUACUUGAAUUACUUAAACAAUCUAAUCAUUUGUAAGUAGAAAAAUAUACACUUCCUAUACAAACUAAAUAAGAAUUCACUAGAUUUAAACACAAUUUCAUACUCACAUUUCUCAUGGAACCAAACUUACUUAAAAUCAUUUAUAAACUUGAAUAGUUUAGACAACCACUCUUGAAUCCUCCAUCUCUCUACCAAGAAUUAAGAGGCUAUUCAACUAUCAGUCAAAUUGUUGACUUAUUAUACAUUCAACUUCUAAAAGAUAUUACCCUAUAACCAUUCUUAGUUCCAUAUUUAGAAAAGGAUUUCAAACAAUUUGCAAUUCAGUUAAUCACCAAUUUAAUAUAAUCACAAGGUAAUAGUACUGAACUUAGGAUUCAGCUACAUUAAUUUUCAGAAUAGCAUAAGUUAAAUCAUGUACAUUUCACAAAUUUUAAGAUACUCUUUUAUAAAAUUCUCAUCUAAUUUUCAAUUAGUGAAAGAGCCAUACGUAAAAUAUUAAAAAUUAUUGAUUCUUAUAAAUCAUCUAUUUUGAGAGCAAAACCAAUCAAAAAUUACUUAAUUGAAAAUUGUAUACAAAAUCAUUAAUAUUCUAGCUGACUUAUUACCACUUAUGAUUAUUGAUAAUAAAAAUUAAGAAUAACAAAAAAAAUAAAUUAUGUUACUUUUAGAAUAUAUCACAAACAAUCAUUCAAGAACUAUUAAAAAAGAUGAUUUACUUAUGCUUAACAUCAAUCAAAAUGUUUGCCAAGCAAUCGUCUCAACUAUUCAAUCACUCAAACCUAACCAUUUAAUAAUGUAAGAUUUUACUUAAGAUUUGAAAUCAUGUCUUAGUUAGAAUUACACUAUCCCAUCUCGUUUACUUGAUAAAUUAGCUAAAAAAUUAAAUUAAGUACCUUUUUAUGCUACUAUAUACAAAGUAUAUUUAUAUUUUAAAUUAAGGAACACUCUAUAGAUUGGAGAAAAUUGAUCAAAAUUGAAAUCGAUUUUAUUUCAUAAAAUAGAACACAUUUUAGAAAAAAAGAAAUUCAAUUAAUCCACAAAAGAUUUAAAAUUACAAAUGAAAUAUUUGAUUCUUACAUCUAAGUAAAAUUCCAAUAUAAUAUUUUUAAGAAUAUCCAAGAUAUUAUGGGUGUGUAUAGUCAGAAUCUAGUAAGUCGUAUAAACCAUUACAGAGAUUGGAUAGUUACUGAGAAAAAUAUUUAAACUUGA